CCGCCGCUGAGCACGUUUGUGAGUCGCGUACCGAUCUGUGACCGCCAUGUCGCGCGAUAUUCUCAGCGAACAACAAUUCAAUAUAAAGUUCGUCAAGGCCGUGCAGAAGCAUCCCACUCUGUACAACUUCGAACUGCCUUCGUACUCUCGGAAGGACGUCAGCAACAAGGCUUGGGAGGAAAUCGGCAGGACCAUGGAAAUGACACCGCCGGAAUGCAGAGAGAAAUGGAGGAACUUGCGAGCCGUAUUUAUGAGAACUAUGAAAGCUCCACCGAGAGGCUCCACGGGGAAAAAGAAGCCUUAUUACCUGUCCGAUGUGAUGCAAUUUCUCGUGCCGUACAUGAGAUCUGUACCAAAGUCUGAAGAGGCCAAAAAGAGACUGCGGCAAGCUAAAGCAGCACAAGAGGCACAAGAGAGACAGGAUAAGAGGCCUGUUCAAUUCGCUAUUGAACAAGUAAAAGUGGAACAACUUGAUGAUGAAGACUCGGAUGAUUGGGGAACUGUUAGCAUAGAAGACGAGAGAGAAAUGUUCUCAAGGAAACGCUCAGUACAGGAUGAGGAGCCACAGCCAAACCCCAAGGUUGCUAGGAGAGUGCAGCCGUCGUCAUCGACAGUGACGUUAGAGAGUGACCACGUCAAGUCGUUCCUGGACAGUCUGCUACCUGAACUGCACGAGAUGAGCUCGCAGCAGUUCAAGAACUUCAAAAGACGGGUGUUACUACUAAUUGAUGAUAUAACCACUGAGAUCCCACCGAGUCCGAGAAGACGCACCAGUGACUCUGGAUAUAUCAUAUGAUUAAUACAAGUACCAUUCUAUCCUAAUUAGUUAAGAUAUUUUAAAUUUAGUCGGGCAUCUCAGCUCUGUUCCUGUGAAAUUAAGCUUAACUUUGAAAAAGACUAAGAAAUUAAACAAUGUUGUAAGAUA